CCUCUCUCUCUCUCUCAUAACAUCAACAUGUGUGUCAACCUCCCAAAGCAACUGAAUCCUCACGCCGAUGAAUGGCGGCCGAGCCCUCCACUUCCCCCACCGCUUCCUCCCCUUCCCCACGCCCUCUUCUCAUACGCUCCGCCGCCAUAUUAUGUCGUCUACCUACAAAACCACACCAUUUCCCAUCAACAACGACACACCCCCAAAAAGCCUCUAAAGAAUCGUCUCCCCCCGCGCCUUCUUAAGGCUAAGGCUAAGACACCACCACCGCCACCGCCACCGCCACCGCCUCCACCUCCGAAGCUAAAAUGGAGGCCAAAGAAUGCGCCACCACUGCCCACUUUAAAGGCUUCCCCCGUUGCCGCAUCGUCUUCAAACACGACUCUGAUGAUCAAGAACAUUCCCAAUCAACUGAGAAGAGAAUUCAUGCUGAAAUUUCUUGAUGGCUACUGUAAAACUCAUUCUGUGGCGUAUGAUUUCUUCUACCUCCCCUUUGAUUUCAGGAAGCUGGGAAACUUGGGUUAUGCUUUCGUUAAUUUCACAAAUGCGGAGGCCGUGGUGAAAAUGAAGAAGGUUCUCUCCGGCUUCAAAUGGCGGGAAUAUUACACCGAAGAUGGUGAAUUUGUGUGUAGCCACAAAGUUUGUGAGAUCAAGUGGGCUAGGGUUCAGGGGAAAGAAGCUCUGAUUAGAAGGUUCGAGAAGUCGACCUUUGUCUGCAACGAUAUGGAGUUUUUGCCGGUGGUUCUGGAGCCGCCGCGCGAUGGAUCGGACCGGAACCCGGCGGCGCCGGUGAAUGUGGGCAGAAUCUGCCGCGGAUGUUAUUAAAAUAUUGGGUUUUAUAGAAGGGCAGUGUUUUCAAUGUCUCCCUAGCGGUAUGGGUAUAGGAGUAGAAGCUUGGGUGAUUUGGAAACAUAUGUUAGUAGAGUAGUAUU